AUGUUUGUUUUCUUAAAGAAAUUACUUCAACAUAUACAUCCACUUCUAUAUCUACAACUACAGUCAGUAAGUAUCUCAUGUAUUCCAUCAACAAAUUAUGUCCUCAGCUAUACAACUUCACCACUCAGCUAUGCACAACAGACCUAUAGUUUUACAGCACAACAUAGCGGUUUUGCAACUUUAGAGUUUGGUUUCAAGGCAAAAAAUUCAGCUUUCACUUGGCAUCUUGAUGAUGUCAGUAUCAUUGAUACAAGUGUAUUAAAUAUUGAAAUGCUUGUAAACGGCAAUUUUCAAACUGGUACCUUAAUUGGCUGGCAGGUAUUAUGUUCGAAUACCAAUUGUGGAGGAACAGGUGGUAGUCUAGUGCAGACAACGUGUCACACAGGCUCAUUCUGUUAUAAAGGUGCAUGUGCAGGCAAUUAUGAUUAUUUACGUCAGUCUUUUCCCAUAACAAUCGGGCAUAUUUAUGCAUUAAGCUUUUGGGUAUACACCGAUGGGCAUAGUAGUCAAGCUGCCUAUGUUAAUAUCAGUUAG